UAAGAUUGGUCAACAGAGCUGUUGCCAGACCUGUGUCUGUUUUCGGCUCAUCGUUGGUAAGAUACAACUCGUCCAGCAGCAAAGACCUCAGCUUAACUGCACAGAUAUACCCCAUGAACAAAGACAGCAUAACCGAAUCAGAUGUAGAUGAAUGGUUGAGUGCCGUCAAGAACUUGAAAAAUGGAAAGAGUAUGGCUGAAACUGAACAAGAAGUGUACCUUUCCCAGUUAGCCCAUCCUGAACCAUUCUUAGAGGACAAGUUUGAGCCUACUGAAGAACAGUUGGCUGAAGUAGCAGCCUAUGCCGGCAAGGGGGUACCAUUGAAGUCAGACCCUACAGUGGACAACUUGAUCAAUCUCAUUAUGAGACAUGGCAAGAAGGCCACGGCUCAGAGAACCGUGUCGAGAGCAUUAUACAUAAUACAGUUGAAGACAAGAAAGGACCCUGUGGAAACCUUGAAGGAAACCUUGGACAAGUUGGGGCCCUUGGUUACUACCAGAGUGGUCCAAACAGGUACAGCCAAAAACAAGGUUGUUCCCGUGCCGUUGAACCAGAGACAAAGGAACAGAUUCGCCAUCACCUGGAUCUUGGAUGGGUGUAAGAAGAAGAAGUCACCUGAUUUGGCUGUGAGAUUGGCUGAAGAAAUCAUCGCUGCUUAUGAAGGAAAGUCUUCUGGCUAUGAUAGAAAGGCACAGAUGCACAAGUUGGCCAUGCAACAAAGAGCCUACAUCACCUUGUAACCGGCUCGGAUUCGUCACCACCACCUUAGCAUAUAUUGACUGACCUCAUCUUGUAUAUAUAAUAAACGACGAGCUGUAUGA